CUUAUGCUAGUCCAAAACAUAUCUGUUAUGAGUCUCGUCGUUCACGAUGGCAUCUGUACCAACUCACCUAGUAGGAAAUACUGUCAUCACUGAUACCAGUUAUCAGCCAGUUUCGUCGCUAUUACCUGCAGCGGGAAAUCAAUUGGCGUCAUUGACUAGCGCCUCGGUGACGCUGCAUAACGCGGGCGAACCUCACAGCAUGCAUGCAAAUCAGACGAACAUAGCCACGAGUGCCUCUUCUUUGUCGUGCGAUGAGUCACUUCCCCUCUGUGUACCGUCCAAGAAGCGCACACAUUCCAGUAGGGAAACGGAAGUUACAUCGUCAGCGGAGAGCGAGUCGAGAGCGAGCUCAUCUGUAGAAUUUUUUCCCCACACGGCAGAAUGUAACCGCAGGAUUCCUACGAGAGGAAUAGAUUCCCAGCUAACCGCUCAGGAGCAAAAGCAGAGACAUUAUAAGCCGACGACAAUGGUUUUACGAGACAGUCAACCACUAUCUACGCUUGGCACUAUGCCAGACUUGGGGACAAUGGAGCGUCAACUUCACGUCCGUCCAGGAAUAACUCCUGAUGUCGCCAAGACUGCCGCCAAGCGUGAGUACAAUCGCCGCAAUGCAGCUCGUGUUCGAAUGCGGAAUAAAGGACUCGUGAGCGAUCUUCAGAAAAAAAUUGCCAACUUGGCCCAGCACGAGGCCGAGCUCCAACGAGCCAACGAAGUCUUGCAAGCAAAAGUGGAGGUUUUGGAAAAACAAUAUCAGGAUUUGCUCCAGGCGCGCAAAAUGGAAUACAACGGGGCUAUCAUAAAGCCUCCUCCGACACAAACCAGUUUGGAGGCUUUGCUUGCUACCGGUCUUCGGCAAGAAACGAAUACUCCGGUAGCGGCUCCGACUCCACAACUGACGUCUCCUUCGGCAUUGGGAGGCUUGGACGAGAGUAUUCUGCAAUUACUGUGGAGGAUCGUACUCCAGCAGUAUCAGCAACAGAUGCUGCAAGGUGCUCCUGCACCCCCUCAGCACGCCACUUGCGACUCUGUCGAGACCAUGAAGCUUCUUCAGAGUCUCCUGGCGAAUAGUGCGAAUGUGCCUGCUGUGACGAGUUGUCAAAAACCGAGCAACGAUUGGUCGACGUUAAACCCAGCCAUGUCAUCCGGGCUUGCUCCCAAAGUAUACCGCAAUGACGCCAGCAACGUUCAUAUGCCCUAUGCUUACCACCAGACUCCAGCUCCGGCGACCCAGGUACAGAUACAGGAAUCAAUACAAGAGCAACUAAGAGCGUUGCAAGCUGGAGGUGGCAAAGGUGGUUUCCCAUCGUUUGCGCCGGCGCCCAUGAGAAACAGUCAAUCUGCGACUUUGCCUGACAUACUGCGGGCGCUUUUGCAAAAUGGCCAAGCUCCUACUCCAACGACACAGACAGAUCCCCAUCUGCGGCAGUUCUGGCAGUCUGGGAAAUAAAUC